CUGAUCACCCGUCACCUGUACGAGGACGCCCGGAGACAUUCGCCCGGAGCCCUAACGGACUUGCGUUCAGCUCUCGUCAACAACACCAUAUUCGCUACCCUCGCUGCCCGGCACGGCUUCCAUAAAUAUUUUCGUCACAUGUCGCCCGGAUUGAACGAGGUGUUGACGAAAUAUGUUAAGAUACAAGAAGAAAAUGGCCACUCCAUCAGCGAAGAGCACUAUUUGAUACACGAAGAUGAAAUGGAGCAAGCGGAGGAUGUGGAGGUGCCCAAAGCGUUGGGAGACCUCUUCGAGUCGGUGGCCGGUGCCAUCUUCUUAGACUCAGGCAUGUCGUUGGGCGCUGUGUGGAGAUCGUACGUGCGGCUGAUGGGCGCUGAAUUGGAGGCGUUCAGCGCCGCCGCUCCAAAAUCACCCGUGAGAGAAUUGCUUGAGGCGGAACCCGACACCGCGAAAUUCGGGAAACCGGAGCGUCUAGCUGAUGGCCGGAGAGUCCGUGUUUGUGUGGAGGUGUUCGGCCGAGGAACGUUCAAAGGCGUGGGCAGAAACUACCGCAUCGCUAAAGGAACUGCCGCUAGAUGCGCUUUACGCCACUUGAAGAUACAUCGAGCGCGAUAG